UUUUUCCUUUGUGAUGAUUAAAGAGGAGUCAAACCUAAAUUUCAUUUUUAGGGUUUGAAUCCAUUUAAUUUCUUGAAAUGUUUUUAUACUUUGAAUUUAUACUUACAAAUUCAAGAAAUACAUUUGUUCACUUGAAAUAAAAAUUCAAAAUUCACAUUUUUUAUUUUGUUUCUUCUGAGUUUCUACACAUAAUCAAAUGAUUGAUUUUAGAUGAAAAUAUCAUAUUCUUGAUUAAUUGUUCACCUAAGUUGAGAUCAUGUCCACAAAGGUGAAAGGCCUUCUUAAAGGCCUUAGGUACAUUUCUCAAGUUUUUGAUGAGGAUAAAGAAAAAGAUAUGCAAAUUGGUUUUCCAACAGAUGUAAAACAUGUUGCACAUAUAGGAUGGGAUGGUCCAUCUGUUGAUAAUCCAACCUGGAUGAAAGAAUUUAAAGCACCAGGAGCAUUUCAAUCAGCACCUUUAAUUCCUCCUUCCGGAGAACAUAAAGAAAAUCCUAAUAUUAAAUGGGUUUCUGAAGAUUCAAAUAGAAGGUCAAGAAAUGCAAAUUCUUCACCACCCAAAGAAAAACAAGAGAAACCAAGAACAUCCAGGAGACAUUCCACAACAGAAAAUGGAAGCAAUGAAAACACUACAAACAAAGAGCCUGGCACAAAAUCCAGGAGUUCCAGGAGACAUCAUAACAAGGACAUGUCCGAUGGAACCAAAUCAAGUGAAUCCUCGAGCAAAAACAACCCCGAUAUCCCUAAAAAAUCGCGAAGAAAGAAGUCCAAGGAGGAUGGUGGCUUGAAUCGACCAUCAAAAUCCAAAGGCACAACACAAACUACAGAGUCAAGUCCUGGAUUGGAAAGUGAAAGUAGUGGAAUUUCUAAAGAAAAACAAGAGGAGUGAAAAAACAACAA